UAGAUGCUACUCCUAUAACAUAGAACUGCACUGUGAGAGAAAUGACAUAACAAGGAAAGAGGGAAAUUUAAGGGGGAAGAUAUGAGAUAUCCUAGUCCUAUCCUUUUCUGAGACUAAUUUAUGGUCUCCUUGAUAGAAAACACUGUACAGCAGAAAAAAGCAUUCACUCUUUUACUGCAAAAAGCAAGCAGCCUAAUUCUCUCACUGUAUAUAACACUGCUCAGACAGUGGUCCGGUCCUUUCAUUUCUCUCUGAUCUCUUUUAGUCACUGUUUAGUGUACGAAAGAAGCAAGCAUUCUCUGUGGGCAGUUGUAGUUUUCAAAGCUUGAGUCUCUUCUCCUCUUCUUGUCUUGGUCUUUUCACGGCUAGGUUUAUAGGCCUAAUAACAUUUAUUAUUAGUGAAGCUUCUUUUAGUUAGUUGGUAUAAUUGCUUUAAGUGGAAAUGAAAUGGCAAUUUAAUAUUUUGGCGAAUUCCUCGGGAAACAACUCUUUGGCAUAAUUUGUAACUGCUUUUUACUGCAAGCGGCAGUUGAUAUAAUUGGAGUGUGGCAUUUUCUUGCUGGGGAUAAAAAAGAUCAUCAUCAAGAAAAUGGUGCCUGAGAAACAAGCAGAAGAGGCCAUAGUCUCUGCAGUCCAAAAUGAAACAGAGGCAGAUGAUAGACAAGAAGAAAUGGCUAUUAAUUCAAAUUUGAGCUUCAAAAGCUUUCUUUGGCAUGGUGGUUCAGUUUAUGAUGCCUGGUUUAGCUGUGCAUCAAAUCAGGUAGCACAAGUUCUUUUGACUUUACCAUACUCAUUUUCUCAAAUGGGAAUGCUUUCAGGAAUUCUACUGCAGAUAUUUUAUGGUAUAAUGGGAAGCUGGACAGCUUACCUCAUAAGUGUCCUAUAUGUUGAGUACAGAAGCAGAAAAGAGAAAGAGAAUGUUAGCUUCAAGAACCAUGUCAUCCAGUGGUUUGAAGUGUUGGAUGGCUUAUUGGGACCCAAGUGGAAAGCUAUUGGUUUGGCCUUCAAUUGUACUUUCCUUCUAUUUGGUUCGGUCAUACAGCUCAUUGCUUGUGCAAGUAACAUUUAUUAUAUAAACGACCAUUUGGACAAAAGGACAUGGACAUACAUAUUUGGGGCAUGCUGUGCGACUACUGUGUUUAUUCCAUCAUUUCACAACUAUAGAAUAUGGUCAUUUCUUGGACUGGGGAUGACUACUUAUACAGCUUGGUAUUUGACAAUUGCAGCGUUUGUUCAUGGGCAGGUUGAAGGAGUUAUUCACAGUGGCCCAACCAAAAUGGUGCUUUAUUUUACGGGUGCCACUAACAUACUCUACACUUUCGGCGGACAUGCCGUCACCGUGGAAAUCAUGCAUGCAAUGUGGAAGCCUAAAAAAUUCAAGUACAUAUAUCUGUAUGCUACACUUUAUGUCUUCACAUUAACACUCCCAUCAGCAGCAGCUGUCUAUUGGGCCUUCGGUGACCAGCUUCUUGACCAUGCCAAUGCCUUCUCUUUACUCCCUCGAAACGGUUUUCGCGACACAGCUGUCAUUCUAAUGCUAAUCCACCAGUUUAUUACGUUUGGAUUUGCUUGCACUCCUCUGUACUUUGUUUGGGAAAAAGUAGUGGGCAUGCACGACACGAAGAGCAUAUGUUUGAGGGCAUUGGCUAGGUUACCAAUCGUGAUACCGAUAUGGUUUUUGGCCAUCAUAUUUCCAUUCUUUGGGCCUAUUAACUCGGCUGUGGGGGCAUUAUUAGUUAGCUUCACCGUGUACAUCAUUCCUGCUGCUGCUCAUAUGCUCACUUACAGGAAGGCUUCUGCUCGACAGAAUGCAGCUGAAAAACCUCCCUUCUUCCUUCCAAGCUGGACAGCGGUAUAUGCAGUGAAUGGGUUUGUGGUGGCAUGGGUUUUUGUUGUUGGAUUUGGAUUUGGAGGAUGGGCAAGCAUGACCAAUUUCAUUAAGCAAGUUGAUACUUUUGGCUUGUUUGCUAAGUGUUAUCAGUGCCAUCCCCCUGACCGAAAGUAGAUUCAAUUUCGUUAUUUUUUUUUUUUUCCGAAGUUGUAGAAGCAAUCAUAGUAGCUUCCUAAUAUCUGUCAUGCUUUUGAUAACUUUCUUCUGUUCAGUGUUUGUCAUAUAUAAAUAUAGUCUGGAGAUUAUGUCUUUUUUCUGGUGAAAGAAAGUCCAUUGCAGAUAUGAAAUAGAACUACUCAGUUAUUUUGCA